AUGCAGCCCCAGAUUCUCAAGUGUUCUCAAGCCGGCUCAAGUGGGCUCAAGAGCGUUCAAGCAGCUUCAGGAACUGCUGAAAUCUCAAGCGCUCUCAAGCGGCUUGGCCGCAGGGGGGUUUUUGGUGAUGCUUGCUUGACAUACUCGCCUGGCAUGAGGAUACAGCAGGUCCUAACUCGUGGACAUCAUGUCUUACCGGCGCGAGAUGAUGCUGCCACGAAAACAGAUGCUCAGCGAGCAGCUAAGGCAAAGAAGGAGAGGGAGGACAAGAUUGGGGGCGAAGCGAUUCGUUCUGCGUCGAUGCGCACGUCCCGGUUCAAGCAGCGGGCUGGUCUUGUCAGGAGCAGCAGCCCUGAACGCGAUGUGCAGUCCCCCGGUACAGUGACUGCUCGGGAUGUGCAAGCGACGCCGUCGCACGCUCCGGGCUCCCGCGAGCACGUGGAGCCAGAACGGCAUACCCCAGCUCCGCCGACUCAGCUGGAUGAGACCGGUUUGGCGACGCCCUGCAGCCACCCUGGCUCGCCUCUUGCGGGCUCACCGCUGCUUCCCCUUCGACCGGAGGAGUAUGCGGCGGGGUGGUCAGACCCUCCCAAUCCUGCGACCCCUCAACGCUAUAGCUUGUUUGGUUUUGGCACAUCUGACUCAUCACCGACCUCUCUACCACCUCUCCCCUCUGAUUCAUCUCCACCCCCUGCUCGAAAUGCAAACCACGAUAUCCCAGCCGUCCUCUCCUCUCCCGACUUUCCUGACCCACCAACCGCCGCGCCGCCACGCCGUCCGCAUGUGUCAAGGGUGUCCCGUGGGGACUUUCCGGCACUCUCAUCUCCAUCACCCCCUGCAAGCCCCUCGCCUGCACAGCGCAUUCUUCAUACGCCGUCGACACGCCCGUCAAAAUCUGCACAAUCACAUCGGUAUCGAAAGCAAAAGCGCAGCGCAGAAAUGGCUGUCGAUGUGGGUAGUCCUACCGCUGGGAAGGAGAAUGUCCCGAAGAAGCCCCCGCUUCUUCAGGACGUUCCUCGUACGGUAAAGUUGGGGCAUAAGCGCAAGCGUGACGGUGAUGCGCAUGAGCCCAAUGAGGACCGGCACCCGGUAUCAUCAUCGACCUCGUCUCGGAAGAUGCUGAAGAAGGAGAGUGAUAUUGAGCGGCUCAGCAGGGAGAUGCGGGAGGGCCGUGAGGAGAGCAACAAGCUUGUACGUGAUCUCAUCAACAGUGUUUCUGAGAGUACGAAGCGCUACGAGGAAUUUCUUGCGCGCUCGUCUCAGUUUCAGAAUGAUUUCCUUGCUCUUCUUCGUGACCGCCUCACUGCCCCGCGCGACUGA